AUGGCGGCUUUUGAGUUAAGUAUGUUUGUGUCAGACCCGACCUCAAGUAAGUUUGAUAAAUGUACAAAGAAAGAUCUGCGUGAGAUAGCAGAAUAUUACGGCAUUUCUGUGUCAGUUUCCCUCCGAAAAGCUGAGCUAAAGGCUUUUGUGUUUCCUGGUCUCGUUAGUCAGGGAGUUUUCUCUUUGUCUGCACCUGCGAGCAGCCUUGAUCUAGAGGUGAGUGCACCUGAUGUGACAGAUCAGCCAGUUACUCCGGUUGUUCGACAUGAGGGAGCCGAACGACAGCCGGUCACUUUGCUGCAGUUUGAACCAAUGUCUGUUGAUUCAUCUUCGGGGUCUAAGCUGGAUGCCAGGUUAAAGGUGCGGUUACUUCGUCUUCAGGUAGAUUGGGAGGAGAAAGAGAGAGAUUUUCAGCUCCGCAGAGAGUUAGAGUUGAAGAAGUUGGAGGUGGAGACUGCUUUAAAAAUGCAUCAGAUGGAAAUACAGGUGGGUUUGGGAGUUGCCCGUAGUAUUACCACUGCUGGUGCGCAUUCUCCCAGUUCUGUCAGUUUUGACGUGAGUAAGCACAUUUCGUUGGUGCCUUUUUUCCGCGAGUCAGAGGUAGAAGCUUACUUUGGUGCAUUUGAGCGUAUUGCUGCUGCUUUACAGUGGCCUAAAGACGUGUGGGCUAUCUUGUUGCAGUGUAAGUUGGUGGGUAAGGCUCAAGGGGCCUGCUCCUCUUUGUCUGUGGAGGAUGGGCUCACUUAUGAUAAAGUUAAAGGUGCCAUUUUGCAGGCAUAUGAGUUAGUGCCUGAGGCCUACAGACAGCGUUUCCGCGGUCUUAGGAAAGCACAGAGCCAGUCAUAUGUUGACUUUGCGCGGGAGAAAGGGAUCCUUUUUGACAGGUGGUGUGCAGCGUGUAAGGUUGCCGAUAUGUCUUCUUUGCGUGAGCUGAUGUUGUUGGAAGAGUUUAAAAACUGCAUACCUGAGCGUACUACUGUGUAUUUAAACGAACAGUUUACGCUCACGCAUAAGGCCGUUUUUAAUAAACGUGAUACUUCUCCACGUGAAGCUCCCCAAAAAUCAGAUCUUUCGGUGCGUUACGACAGCGCUCCCUCACGUCCUAGGUCUGAUAAACUAUGCUUCUUCUGCCGUAAGUCCGGUCACUUGGUGGCUAAUUGUGACGCUUGGAAGCGGAAGCAGCAGGGGUCGUUUCAGAAACCACCUAAGGGUGUGGGAUUGAUUAAAACUUUUCCCAGAGUCCAGUCCUUAGAGUCUCUAACUCCUGAAGUGCCUGAUGACUGUUUUAAACCAUUUAUCUUUAAUGGUUUUGUGUCUCUUUCAGGUAAAUCUGAGGAUCAGCGUCCAGUGAGAAUACCGCGAGACACGGCUUGUUCGCAGUCACUGAUCCUGUCUGACGUUCUGCCGCUAGGUCUCAGCUCAAGUGUGAGUGCAGUGGUAAGGGGCAUUGAAAUGGGUUUUGUGCCGGCACCGUUGUAUCAGAUUCAUGUACAGUCUUGCCUAGUGACAGGGUUCUUUACAGUAGGCGCCCGGUCCGGAUUCCCUGUUGAUGGCGUUGACUUUAUCAUGGGGAAUGAUAUUGCAGGAGGGAAAGUGCGUCCUGUUCCUGAAGUUGUGUGCACCCCCAUUCCUAAGUCGGAAAGCGAUGAGCUAGCCAUAAAACAUCCUCAUGUGUUUGUAGCUAGUGUGAAUACUAGAGCGCAGGGUUGUAAGCAGGCCCGAGAGGUUAACUUGUCUGACUUGUCUUGUUUUUGUAAAACUUGCAGUUCUUGCCAGAUGGUAGGUAAGCCUAAUCAGCCUGUACCCCUUGCUCCGCUGCGGCCUGUCCCCGCAGUUGGUGAGCUCUUUGAGCACGUUCUGGUCGACUGUGUGGGUCCAUUGCCCACAGCCAAGUCUGGGAAUCAGUUUUCAGGUUGUGUAGUCCUGUGGUUCCUUUUGGGUGGAAUGCUGAGUGCGACCAUGCCUUUUAACUCUAAGUCUCUCCUCUGUAGUGCUCCUGUGCUGGCUGCGCCUGACAUUGCUCAACCUUUCCAGCUUGAGGUGGAUACCAGUGCCACUUGA